AUGACCAAUGUUAUGUAUAAGGGAAUCACUAAUUCAUUUUGGGCUUUAACUGUAGAGCCUCAAAAAAUGUACUCUAAGACCGUUUCGGUUCCUUUUAGCAUCACAACAAUUGCACUCAGUUCUCCUUUUAAAGGAACCGCAUUUUUAUCCGUUCUUGUUAAUGAUAAAAAGUAUUAUCUUUGUACUUUAAACUCUAAACUUUCCCAGUAUACCGUAAAUUUUAAAUUCGGUACUGGCGAAAAAGUCUCUUUUUUAAGUGAAGGAGCUCCUCUUCCGGUUCAUUUAACUGGUUUUACCGAGCAACAGCUUAAACUUUCUGGAGGCACCGUUAUUGAAGAUAUCACUAUAGGAGACGGAAUGAUUGCCCGUCACGGGAAAACUCUGGGUGUCUACUACACCGGCCGCUUUUUAAAUAACAGGAAGAUUUUCGACUCUUGCCUCAAAGGGCCGCCUUUUAAGUUUAGGCUCGGGUGCGGGGAAGUCAUCAGAGGAUGGGACCAAGGCAUUGCGGACAUGAAGGCUGGGGGCUCGCGGGUCCUUACAGUGCCCCCAACUCAAGCCUAUGGCCCACGUGGCAUCCCUGGGUCGAUUCCUCCUAAUUCGACUCUCGUAUUUGAAAUUCAUCUCAAGUACGUUAAAUAA